AUGUUUCAAUACUUCUCCCUACUUCAGAUGACCAACCGACCGGGGUACUUCAGUUACGGCAUCGGUGAUACUAUAUCGUCGCGUCAACAGGCCCUUGUAAAUAAUCAAUUUUCUUCCGACGUUACGUUCCUUGUCGGACCCGAGAAAAAACGAAUCUACGCACACAAAAUCUUCCUCACUCUAGCGUCCGAGUACUUCUAUGUUAUGUUUCAUGGCAACUUUGUCGAAGCGAAGAAGGAUGAGGUGGUGCUGGAGGAUGUCGAUCCGGAUGUGUUUUUGGUGAUCUUGCGUUACAUAUAUUCAAGGAAUGUGGAAAUUACUCUCGACAAUGCGCGGAAUAUUUUUGACUACGCUCAGAAGUACAUGCUACCCGAACUGAUAGAGCAGCUAGGCCAGUUUCUUGUAAGCAGGGUAGACAGUUCAUCUGUACUGCGGAUUUUUAAAGAUAACAGCCAUUACGACUAUUCCGAAGUAAACGAAGCCUGCCUAUUCAUAAUACAAGAUAAUCCUGUGUUCUACUUCAACCACGAAGAUUUCACUACUAUCGACAUGGGUAGGCUGAGCAAGAUACUUCGCUUGAAUAAAAUAAACUGUACCAUUGAUCAGUUACAAAACGCGCUUGAAAUCUGGGAAGCAGCCAACAUCGACAGUGACGUGAGUGAGCUACGAAUGCAUUUAAAAGGUAGUGAUAGAUGGUACAAUUGUGACAAGUUAGUUAUCUUUGGAACGCAGGAAAUUGUCAAUGGGAGCGAAGAUACCGAACAAAAGUUUGAGUUAAUAUCGAAAAAGCCGGUAUCAAUAUAUGGGUUGGGAGUAUAUAUAAUGUCGAAGGUAGAUGUGAUCUCGAUACAACUCAAAAUAUUCGACGAAAACGAAGAGAUAAGCUCGAACGUGUUUGAGUAUAUCAACAAAUCUACGUACAAUAUGCAUGCGGUAGAUUUCUUUUUUGAAGAGAUCGUGUUACACCCACAUAUAUUAUAUUGCAUCUCUAUUGAACCAUCUUCACCAUUGAAGAAAGUUAUGUUCAAAAAAACUGAAAUGUUCCAUGAAAAGAUAAAAUUGAAAUUUUGGAACAGAAUGUUUUUUAUGAACACUGCAACAGCACAUAUAUAUUGCAAAGAAAAUGUUGGAUUUGAUGCCCGAGAAGAAGAAACUGAAAGUACAAGCGCAAUAACUAACCGUAUAUUAUAA